AUGGCGGCAGUGUCUAUGCGCAGCAGGAGUAGAAGUACGGAGCUUUCUCCAGAGGAAGAAAGGAUUUUGAUAAGAGACAUUGCUUUGGCUGCUGAAGCUAAUUCCAAAGAGGGCGACAUCUUCUACUUGCUUACUCAGAGAUGGUGGCAACAUUGGAUUGAUUAUGUGAACCAGGACCAACCCAAUAACGCAAAUGAUGUAUCCUUUGUGUCAGAGCAUUAUGAUUCGGCUGGUUCCAGUACCUUGAAGAGGCCUGCUGGUAUUGAUAAUUCUGACUUAAUAUAUGAUGCAGCAUCAGCGGAUACCAAUUCGGGCAUUGACAUACAUGAUACUUUACUAGAAGGCCGUGAUUAUGUGUUGCUGCCACAAGAAGUUUGGAACCAAUUGCAUACAUGGUAUGGUGGUGGUCCAACAUUGCCAAGGAAAGUGAUUAGUUCAGGUCUUUCUCAGACAGAGAUGGCAGUAGAAGUGUACCCUCUGCGUCUUCAAUUACUUGUGAUGCCAAAAGGUGACCGCUCUAUUAUAAGAAUAAGCAAGAAGGAAACCAUUGCAGAACUUCACAGAAGAGCUUGUGAUAUCUUUGAUCUUAGCAUGGAACAAGUAUGCAUUUGGGAUUACUAUGGCCGCCGGAAACAUGCACUGAUGAACGACAUGGAUAAAACACUUGAUGAUGCCAAUAUACAGAUGGAUCAGGAUAUUCUGGUGGAGGUGCUUAACCCUGUCAAUGGUACCACAUUGGGCAGAUCCACAAGUUCUGUUCGCUACAAUGGAUCUUUAGAGAAGGAAGGUGCCUCUGUUCUUGUAGAGCCUUCUAAGUCAAGCUUGUCGAUUGCAGGAGGUUUAUCUGCAACCAAGGGCGCAUCAAGAAGCUACAGCGUGGAGCUCAUACAAAGUCAAGGCCUAAUUGCUAGAGAAUUGGAUACUCCAUAUGGGACAAUUGGUGUUAGUACUAGGGGGUCGUCUUGUGGCUUGACAGGGUUGCAGAACCUUGGGAAUACUUGUUUUAUGAAUAGUGCUAUACAGUGCCUUGUUCAUACUCCGGAGUUUGCUAGAUAUUUUCGGGAAGACUAUCAUCAGGAGAUAAACUGGCAAAAUCCUCUGGGCAUGGUUGGUGAGCUAGCUCUAGCAUUUGGUGAGUUACUUCGGAAGCUAUGGGCACCUGGACGAACACCGGUUGCUCCUCGACCUUUUAAAACAAAACUUGCUCGUUUUGCACCUCAGUUUAGUGGUUACAAUCAGCACGAUUCUCAGGAGCUUUUGGCAUUUUUGCUAGAUGGUCUUCAUGAAGAUCUGAAUCGUGUGAAACACAAACCAUAUAUAAAGUCUAGAGAUGCUGAUGGCCGGCCUGAUGAAGACGUAGCUGAUGAGUAUUGGGCAAACCACAUUGCUCGUAAUGAUUCUAUAAUUGUUGAUGUCUGCCAAGGCCAGUAUAAGUCAACUUUGGUUUGUCCCAUUUGCAAUAAAGUCUCUGUUACUUUUGAUCCUUUUAUGUACCUUUCAUUGCCACUCCAGUCCACCACCACUAGAACAAUGACAGUAACAGUUUUUACUUGCGAUGGAAGUGCAUUGCCAUCUGCUUGUACUGUCACAGUCCCUAAACAGGGACGUUGCAGGGACUGA